AUGAACAACUUUUAAUCAGAAUUAGAUAAUUUAAUAACUUUAAUGAAUAAUUUUAAUUUUUCAGAAAUUGGAAAAAUAAAAGCCAUUCUUAGUUAAUUAAAAAAAUAAAUUUAAAAUUAGGAUAGAGAUAAUUUAGCAGAAAAGAUUCUUUUAUAAUUUAAAAAAUUAUUAAUCAAAAUCAUGAAAUAAUGGACUCAAAAAGAUAGUGAAGAACAAAGUAAAAAUAUUUAAGAAAUGGUUCGAUUAUUAUUUUGGUGUGCAAGAAAAGAAAUAAUAGAAAUAAAGGAUGUAUUAAUUUAUUUAGAAGACUUUUGCGAUACUCUAUCAGUAAAUGAUCUACGUCUAUUCAUAGAUCCUAUAGAAGAAGGAAUAUUAUCAAUAAAAAACUUAUCUGAUCAAGAAAUCAACUAUCCUCUAAAAAUAUGUAAUGGAGUGUUUAAAAAACUGUCGAAAACACAAGAUAUAUAAUUGAGGGGGAAAGUACAUAUUUUUUUAUCGAAAAUAUUACCUUUAUGUCAUGCUUCGGGUUUGAAAUCAAAAAUAUGUACAGAAAUUUCGACUUAAAUUGAAAACGAAAAAGAGGCAUUAUUGUAAAUGGAAAAUAAUAUGGAUAUUGAAGAAUAAAAAGGAAAUUUUCCAUUCUUGAAUUAUAGUUUUUAUAGUAAAUUUUGGAGUUUAUAAAAAUAUUUAUAGAAUCCAUUAAAUUUAAGUAAGUCUAAUAACGGAGAAAUGGAAAUCGAAGGUAUAAAUGAUGAAGAUGUUGAAGAAGGAGAAGAAAAACCAGAUUAAGAAGGUAUAAAAACAUUAGAAUCUAAAAAAAUAAAAGGUUUGUGUGCAGCAAUAUGUGAAGUUGUAGAGAUUUUUAAUUAAAAUCCAAUUUUAGAAAAAGGUGAAACAAGUAUUAAACCAUAUAUUAAAUAUCUUACUGCAUAUUCACUAAUGAAAAUAUAGUUUAAUGAUUAAUUCUUUAGAAAAAUAUGGUUAAUUUAGGCACUUUUGUUUUUUUAUACAUUAUAAAAUUUAAAUAAAGAAUAUGAUAUAAAAAAUAUAGAAAAUGAAAAAAAUACAAUUAAAAAUGCAGAAGAUAAAGUUAAAAAAGCAUUCAAAUUGUUACAUUAAAAUUUAAAAGAAGAUAUUUCUUACGAAUAAUUCGAUUAAUUUUUUAUGGAUGAGAAAAAUUGGGUUAAUAUAUAUAAAUAUAUAUAUUUAUUUAUAUCAAAGAUAAAUAUAGAUUGAAAGAAAAGAUAUAUUACCUCGUUAAAAAAAAGAUUAAAAUUUAGUCUUUAAACCUAAUUGUGAUACAAUUAAAGGAUUUAUAUAAUAUUAUAAAGAUUUUGUUUAUAAAAAGUAGCCAAAUUAAUAAUUUAAAGUCGAUAAAUACGGAUCUUUAAUAAAUAAUAACUGUUGCUUGUUUGAAGAAUUAAAAUAAAAAAAUAUAAAAGAAAUUAGAUAAAGUGGAAAUAAUACAGCAACUGAAAACAGCAAAAUAAAAUAAAUUAUAGAAGAUUAAUUUAAAUUUCCUUUGUCAAAAAAACCUUUAUAGAAAUCAGUAGGUUAUUAUUUUAGAUAAAUUUGUAAAGAUAUGAUCGAAGAUAAUAGCGAACGAAAUAUAGACAGUCAAACUUUCUGUUUAAAAUCAUUAAGAACUUUAGCUAAAUAUGAUUUAAAUUUGAUAGAAAAAGAUAGUGAAAAAAUAAAGGAAAUGGAAGAAUUGGCAAAAGAUCUUUGCGAAAUUGAAGGUGAGAAAUAACUUCUUAUGUAAAAAAUUUAAAAAGAAAAGAAUAGAAGAAAUAAAAAAUUGAAUAAUUAGAAUUCGAAGAAAAUAAUAAUUCAAAUAAUAUUAAUAAUAAUAACAUUUCCGUUAUCGAAGAAAAACAAAUAUAAAGAAAUAUUUAAAUAGAAGAUGAUAAAAAAAAGACUUAAAAAACUGAAGAAAAUUAAUUAAAAUAAGAUAAAAAAAAAAAUGAAUAAAAUUAAGAAUUAUAAUAAGAAUGUAAAAGUACUAAAAAAAUCGAAAACGAAGAAAAAACUAAAGAUGAAAGACAUUCUUCAAGCAGAAAUUAGGAAAGAUCUUUAAAAAACACAGAAAAAAAUACAGACGAAAGAUUAUAAAAAAACACAGAUAAAAAUACAGAAAAAAAUAUAGAAGAGAAAUCUUCACAAAAAAAUAUAGAAGAAAAGCCAUUUAAAAAUAUAGAAGAUAGACAAACCAAAGAAGAAAGAAGUUCGAGAAAUUAAUUAGAAGAAAAAUAGGGAAAAAAUGAAGAAAAAAAAGAUGAUGAAAAGUAUAAUUAGGAAGAUAGAAAUAAAUCAAAUCAUAGUACUAGGUAGGAAGGAAAUAGAA